AUGUCUCAGAAGAUGGUUGAGCUCUUUGUGAAACUGAUGCAAGAUGAAUUUGAAAUAAGCAUGGUAGGAGAACUAUCAUAUUUUCUGGGAUUUCAAAUCAAGCAACUUAAAGAAGGAAUCUUUAUUUCACAAAGCAAAUAUGCCAAGAAUUUAGUGAAGAAAUUUGGCCUUGGAAGUGCCCGUACUAAAAGAACUCCUGCUCCAACUCAUGUAAAAAUGUCAAAAGACUCUGGUGGAACUAAUGUUGAUAAGAGCCUCUUUAGGAGCAUCAUUGGAAGUUUGCAUUAUUUGAUUGCCAGCAGGCCUAAUGUUGCCUUUGUUGUUGCGGUAUCUGGUAUUGUUGCUCAACCACCUGCAAUAUCAGAGACCAUUUCCGUCACUGAGUCAAAGGAUGAUGUAUAA